GACCCGGACUGACGGGUCGCGGGUCGCCGGGUGAAGGAGUCCUGGGCUGAGAGGGUCGCGUCCACUGGCGCGCGCACCGGGGGCAGAGGGCGCGGGCAGCGCGCGAGGCGCGGAGACAGGGAGCCGCGGUCGGUGCCGACUCGACUGGGCUCGAGCCGGUGAGUCCCGGCUUCCAGGACAGUCCCCCUCGGGAGAGCGCCAGGUGGGCGCGGAGCCGGGGGCGUAGGGUCCUCCGCGUCCCCGGCGGAGGUGCGCAGGCGUCGGGAGCAGCUUCGGUGAACUUUGGCGCUGAGUGUCCGGAAUCAGAGAAGCGCAGAUCCGCGAGCGUCUGUCCCGAGGCCGCGCGGCGCCCCUGCUGACGGGGAGAUCCGGUUCGCUCUCCAGAGCCCAGAGCCCAGGGGCCACCGCCGCGUGGAGACCGCCGGGCCGUUCAGCGAGGGGCGCGCUUGGGGCUGUCCAGCCUUGGUGCGCUGACGCGUGGUGCUGGCCCUGCGCCCGGCGGUGGGGCUGGGCACCGGGACUGGGUUCCUCCGUGCGGCCGCGGAUGGAGCGCGCAGCCUCGACCCCCAGCCGCACUCGCGGGGUUAGAAAGGCGAAGUCCCUGCGUUGUGGGCUCCUGCACUUGCCAGGCGCUGACCACUGCUCUUGGGACCCUAAGGGAAGUAGAGGCAGCAGAGGGUAACAGAAAUCUCAGGUCCCUCGGUGUUGAUGGACGGUGGGUGUGUAGUCGUGGUACUUCACGCCUCGGUGUUUGGGGCGGAGCCUAAGGUAAGGAGUCAGAAACGGGGAGUAACCGAGCUGCGGCUUUUAUAUAAGGUCAGUGGUAGGUAAGGAAGGGGCCUUUACCUCUGCUGGUGACCAGAAGCCUGCAUUUCUGAAUUCUCCUUAAUUCCCAUUACUUAGAUUUGAAAGAAGCCAACACUAAACUACAAAUAUACAAAAAGAAGGCCAUUUUCUCAAACAAUAGUCAGCCUUUAACGAAAUUACCAUGGUUGACACAGAGAUGCCAUUCUGGCCCACCAACUUUGGGAUCAGCUCCGUGGAUCUCUCCGUAAUGGACGACCACUCUCACUCCUUUGACAUCAAGCCCUUCACUACUGUUGACUUCUCCAGCAUUUCUACUCCACACUAUGAAGACAUUCCAUUCACAAGAGCAGAUCCGAUGGUUGCAGAUUAUAAGUAUGACCUGAAACUUCAAGAGUACCAAAGUGCAAUCAAAGUGGAGCCUGCAUCUCCACCUUAUUAUUCUGAGAAGACUCAGCUCUACAGUAAGCCUCAUGAAGAGGCUUCCAACUCCCUCAUGGCAAUCGAAUGUCGUGUCUGUGGAGAUAAAGCUUCUGGGUUCCACUAUGGAGUUCAUGCUUGUGAAGGAUGCAAGGGUUUCUUCCGGAGGACAAUCAGAUUGAAGCUUAUCUAUGACAGGUGUGAUCUUAACUGUCGGAUCCACAAAAAAAGUAGAAAUAAAUGUCAGUACUGUCGGUUUCAGAAAUGCCUUGCAGUAGGGAUGUCUCAUAAUGCCAUCAGGUUUGGGCGGAUGCCACAGGCCGAGAAGGAGAAGCUGUUGGCGGAGAUCUCCAGUGAUAUCGACCAGCUGAACCCAGAGUCCGCUGACCUCCGGGCCCUGGCAAAACAUUUGUAUGACUCAUACAUAAAGUCCUUCCCGCUGACCAAAGCAAAGGCGAGGGCGAUCUUGACAGGAAAGACAACAGACAAAUCACCAUUUGUUAUCUAUGACAUGAAUUCUUUAAUGAUGGGAGAAGAUAAAAUCAAGUUCAAACACAUCACCCCACUGCAGGAGCAGAGCAAAGAGGUGGCCAUCCGCAUCUUUCAGGGCUGCCAGUUCCGCUCUGUGGAGGCUGUGCAGGAGAUCACAGAGUAUGCCAAAAGCAUUCCUGGUUUUGUAAAUCUUGACUUGAACGACCAAGUAACUCUCCUCAAAUAUGGAGUCCACGAGAUCAUUUACACAAUGCUGGCCUCCUUGAUGAAUAAAGAUGGGGUUCUCAUAUCCGAGGGCCAGGGCUUCAUGACACGGGAGUUUCUAAAGAGCCUGCGAAAGCCUUUUGGUGACUUUAUGGAGCCCAAGUUUGAGUUUGCUGUGAAGUUCAAUGCACUGGAAUUAGAUGACAGUGACUUGGCAAUAUUUAUUGCUGUCAUUAUUCUCAGUGGAGACCGCCCAGGUUUGCUGAAUGUGAAGCCCAUUGAAGACAUACAAGACAACCUGCUACAAGCCCUGGAGCUCCAGCUGAAGCUGAACCACCCUGAGUCCUCUCAGCUAUUUGCCAAGCUGCUCCAGAAAAUGACAGACCUCAGACAGAUUGUCACGGAACACGUGCAGCUACUGCAGGUGAUCAAGAAGACAGAGACGGACAUGAGUCUGCACCCCCUCCUGCAGGAGAUUUACAAGGACUUGUACUAGCAGAGUCCUGAGCCACUGCCAACAUUUCCCUUCUUCUAGUUGCACUAUUCUGAGGGAAAAUCUGACACCUAAGAAAUUUACUGUGAAAAAGCAUUUUAAAAAGAAAAGGUUUUAGAAUAUGAUCUAUUUUAUGCAUAUUGUUUAUAAAGACACAUUUACAAUUUACUUUUAAUAUUAAAAAUUAUCAUAUUAUGAAAUUGCUGAGAGUA